CGCAUGUUGACGAUGGAAAGGCUGCGUCGACCCAAGACGGCUGCUGCCACCCUGCCUCGGACAUCAAAGCAUGACGUAGCAACGUCUCGUUCAAAGAAGUCUGCCGUGAGAAUGCAUGCUGGGAAGUCGCUUUCAUCGCCCGUGAUGUGUCCCCCACUCCACCCCGAUUCUGCCCUUCGUCCAGUCGUUGCAGUCACCAAGACUACGAUUCACCUCACAGCCAACAUUAACGUCAAAGUGCAGCCAGAUUCCCCCAUCAUGGAGAGCAAUCACCAGCGUGUAAAUGCUCUGGCGAAGAAGUCUGCCCACCCGCACCUCCACGCAGACAUCGACUUUGACGGUCUGCGGCCGCUCGUGGACAUUGCGUACUGGUCCACGUUCAGCGAAGUCCGACGAGACGCCGCGGCCGCCUUUGCUACUUUGAGCAAGAACGCGGCCAAUCUCGAUAUUUUGGCGCAAGCCGGCGGCCUCGGCGCCGCCCUCGCCCUGCUUCACGGCGCCAAAUCGCACAUGGACCUGUGUGUGCUUCGGGACGCCAGCGACACUCUUUUACAGCUCGUCCAACUGCCGUCCAUUCAACUCAAGCUACUCCAUGCCCCCAACGGCAUCGCAAGCAUCUUUGCGCUCCUCCGUGUCGCAGACGUCCACGUCAAACGAACGGCCCUGCGCAUCCUGCUUCAGAUGCUGCACCUCCCCGACGCCGCGCCGUUCCUCGUCACAUACGGGGGCUUCCGCCUGCUCCUGCAUCUCCUGCGCACCGUCGCUAUUCGCAAAGACACGAAACUCAAGCAACUCGCGGCCCUCGUACUCAAACGACUGGCCGUCCCCGAGCGCAACAAGGACGCUGUCGCAGACGAGCCCGAUAUUGCCAAGAUACUGUGCCAGCUGUUCCAGGACCCGUAUCUCGAUACGGACAUGGCGUUCCGCCGCGAUCUGCUGGAAACCAUGCUCCUUCUAGCCCAAGACCGCCGGGCCGCGCGGCACUUCGUCGAGUUCAACGUCGUGCCCAGCCUCCUCCUCAUGCUCGCGUCGCCCCCAUCCCAGGUCGCCACGUCAUACCUCGUGAUUUCGCUGCUCGAAGUGUUUGCAUCCAACCCCCGGAACCUGCCCAGUCUACUCCACGACGACAUCCUCCCCCCGCUGCUCUCAUGUGCCUUCCACCCUCCUCCGUCCAACAUGCAUGUGGACGUUCGUAUCAAGGCUCUUAUGGUUCUCAACCACAUCGUGCUGCUUCCAUCAGACACCCGCCAAGUGCUGCUGGAUCUCGGCAUCGUCGAGCUCAUCUCGUGCGAAAACGUGCACCUUGCUCCCGACAAACGAGUCAGGAAACUCGGAGUGUCGCUUCUCACUUCGCUCCCCGUUAUCAUUGACAUGACGCUUCCAAGGGACACGAAUGCAGAUGCCGUCGUGGACAAGGCCUUCCACCUGGACAUGAUCGCACGGGGACUGCUGCCGUGCCUCAUGGACGUCCUUCGGGAGGACGCCGCCAGUUGCGGGGAUGUAGUGACCGCCAUGUGGCACCUCUGCGAGAGCGACUGUCCCCGCCUCCUGCUGUGCAAAGAGCCAGUGCUCGAAGCGUUUCUCGCGCUCUCCAUCCACCACGACGUCGGGUUGAAGACCAAAAUCGCCAAAAUCUUCGCCGACUUUGCCACCAAGGCCGAAAACACGCACAAACUCGUCGAGUCGCGGAUCGUGCUAUUCCUCGUCAAGAGCAUCGCGCCGUCGUGUCGACAUGCCGCGCUGAGGUUGAAAGUGUAUAUGCGACAACUGACGAGAUAUGCGACACUGAUGAGGGAGAGGUCGUUCGUGUAGGUACGAAGCAACGAGGGCGUUUGUGGGGCUGGCGGCGACAGGCGACGAGCAAGUGCGCGACCGCCUCGUGCAGUACGGCGUCGUGGGGUUCCUCAUUCGCAUCACCAAGCGCCAAGAUCCGAAAUGUCCCGUCGUGACGGCCACGUGUGCUCAGGCAACCCUGGCCGUGCAGCACCUUCGGCACGACGCCGCCGCGCUGCAGAUCCAAGGCAUCAUGCGCAACUGGUUGGUGCGCAAGGCGACGCAAGCCAUACGCUUGGACGCAUACACAAGCAGACUGUCGCCGCGGAAGAAGCGCUUGCAGCACGUCGCCAUCCGCGCUGGAAAGGUCCUCGUGCCCAGGGAACACGAGUCCACCGAAGCAAUCCAAAGCCGGUUUCUUGGCGCGUAAAGUUUUCAAUGAAACCUCUUUCAAUUGAUCAA